ACUUGUCUAAAGUCUCUAAGUUAACGACGCCAUGUAAAACCCCCCAACCACCGUUCCCUCUCUUCUCACAAUAUUUAGAUCUACCAUUCUCUCUCUCUCUCUCUUCGAUGGCUUCCCCAGCUGUUGCCACCGCCGCGAGGAACGAACCUCCACCGCAGUCGGUGGAUCCUUCGCCGUUGUCCUCCCCCGACAUCGGUGAUCGUAGCGAUUCCUUCAACUCCUCGCCGAAUAACUUCUCCGACUCUGAAAUUCAGUCUCCGGACGUAUUGAAGAGUGAAGAGUAUCGUCAAUUGUUCCGUCUUCCACCGGAGGAAGUCCUUAUUGAAGAUUUUAAUUGUGCUCUCCAGGAAAACAUACUUAUUCAGGGUCAUAUGUACCUCUUUGUCAAUUUCAUUUGUUUCUACUCAAAUAUAUUUGGGUUUGAGACAAAGAGAAUAAUCCCAUUCCCUGAAGUAACAACUGUGAGGAGGGCAAAGACAGCUGGGCUCUUUCCCAAUGCCAUUGAGAUUCUUGCUGGAAACAGAAAGUACUUCUUUGCAUCCUUCCUAUCGCGUGAUGAAGCUUUCAAUAUUAUUAAUGAUGGAUGGUUGCGACAGGGCAAUGGAGCUAGAGCAAUGUUGGAACAAAAAGAAUCAAUGUCUGAGUCCAACAGCCAAGAUAAUGGAUUAGUAGCUGUUGAAAAUGUCAAAAGUUCUGAUAUACUGGACAAUGAGUCACUGUCUACUGACCUGAGCAAAGAUACGGGGCAUCGAUCCAUUGUAGGAGAUGACCCCGCAGAUUCUGAGAAGCCAUGCAGUGUAAAACAGGUUGCUGAACCUAGAUUGAAUAAUGAUGCCCCAAGUGUGAGUUGGAAGUGGAAUGAGGAGGAUAUUGAUGCUCCAACAACUGAUGAAGCAUAUACAUGUGUUGCAGAUUCAGUGUUUCCGAUAAAGGUUGAAGACUUCUUUAGGUACUUUUUCUCAGAUGAUGCUGUAAAUUUUCUUGAGUCUUUUCAUAAAAGAUGUGGUGAUAAAGACUUUAAGUGUGCUUCGUGGCAUCCUCAAGAGAAAUUUGGGUAUGCUCGUGAACUGUCUUUUCAACAUCCAAUAAAACUUUAUCUUGGAGCAAAAUUUGGUGGCUGCCAUGAGCUCCAGAAGUUUCGUGUUUAUAGGAACAGUCAUUUGGUUAUAGAGACAUCUCAAGAAGUCAGUGAUGUACCUUAUGCAGAUUAUUUCCGCGUUGAGGGACUGUGGAAUGUGGAGAGAGUCAAGGAUGAAUCAAAAGAAUGCUGCAAGUUGCGGGUAUAUGUGAAUGUGGCGUUUUCCAAGAAAACUAUUUGGAAAGGCAAAAUAAUACAGUCAACAGUAGAAGAAUGUCGAGAGGCUUAUGCGACAUGGAUGAAUAUGGCACAUGAAAUGUUAAAGGAGAAAAACCUUGAAAAACAAGCUCAAAAUGGUGAAACGAAUUUAGAAAGAGAAGUAAAGACUGGAGAAUCUUCAGAAGGGCCACAGUCACAGGAUCAAAGUAGCCCUACACAGAUACUUGCUACAUCCGAUUCCUUUGAUGCUACCACCCACAAUGUUGGCACUCACUUGCAAGGAAAUUUCAUUGAUACAUUAUCUGUUCCAUUGUUCAAGGAGUUUAUGACAAAGUUGAGAUCAUCUUUGAAAAGUCAGAGCAAUCUUGCCCUGCUCCUUGUUACUAUUGUGGCUCUGAUUUUCUUCAUGCAGCAGUUUAGCAUACUUGUGCUAUUGUCCAGACCUCAGCACAUACAUAUGAACACUCCUGUAGAGUUCACGAAUAGGAUGGAUAGUGGAGUGACUAGAAGUCCUUCAGACAUAGCGUGGAUGGAGAAAAGAAUUCAUCACCUUAAAGAUGAGAUGUACAUGGUUGAGAGUAGGCUUGAAAGGAUGAGGUAUGAAUAUUCGCUCUUAAAAAAGCAACUAAACGACCUAGAACAUAAGUAGCUACCAAAUUUCAUUGUUGAAUCAUAUAUUUCUCUACCAUCUUUUUGUAUAUAUAUAUGUAAUGCGAUGUAUCAAUAUGACAUUUAAUUUCGUAAAUUCAUUCUUCCUCGUUGUGCAUGAAAAAGUAAUGUUAUACAAGAAAUUAAUUUGUGAUUUAGUGGUUGUUUGCCAGCAUCCCAAAUUAGGAUGAAAUGCAAUGGACCACUAUUAUAAUUUAAGGUUUAAUUGCAAUUUUUGUUUUGGUUUCUUUGUCA